AUGGGCUGCCUUUUUAAAUGUUUAGAUCCUGGACCACCAGAUGAUUCUGUUUGUCAUUUUUGGCAUAUUAGAGGCCUUUUACUUGAUGCUCUUCCGUGUAGUAGUAAUAAUGAAACUACCAAUAGUCAACAGCAGCAACAACUAAAACAAUCAAAACCUGAUAAUCUUUGUGUGCAGGAAAGUGGAUGUAGUAGUGGUGGGGGAGGUGGCGGAACAACAAAAAAUGAAGAAGAAAAUGGUGAAGGAGGAUUAAUACCUAAAUUAACUGUUCAGAGACUUCCCCCAGGUGUUUUAUACGUUUACGAAGGAAAACUAGUCUAUAGAAGUAGACGUUGGAUGCCUUGGCCUUCAAAUAUUUUUUUAUUAUCUUCUUCAAGUGGUCGACGACAACCUGGGGAAUUUUCGAUCGAAUUGUGUCAAAUUGGGGAUGUAAAUGUUGUUGAACAAUUUAUUUCUCAACGAGAUGGAAAGCCUUUUCGUUGUCAAGGACCUUUAGUGGAUGUUGUAGUAACUGGAAAACAACCAAAUAUUCAUUUAGGCCUUUUAACAGCUCAACCAGAUUGUGUGGGUAAAGAAUUGAGAGAAGUAUUUUUAAGGCAUAGACAACGUCCAAGAAUAUUUCAAUUUAAUUCGGUUGAUAUUGAUGGAGUUGAAAUUGAAGUGCCAUAAAUUAAAAAUUGUUUAAAAGAAGAGGAUUUUUUAGAAGGAAAAAUAAAUAAUUUUAAAAUAUCACUUUUUUGAGCUUUUUUUUAAAUUAGUUUUUUGUGUCUCAAUAUUUUAAUUAUGUUAAAUAAAAAUUUUUUUGUUUAAGAAAUUUUUUAAAAAUAUUAUUUUGGUUAUAUUUACCAAAAAAAAAUUUUUUUUUUAAUUAAGUAUUUCAAAAAUAAUUAUUUGCUUUUUUUUAAAUGGUUGGAAAAUUUGUAGAAAUUGCAUGGUGUUGCUGAAGAGGAAAUGAAGUCUGCGGCUUGAUGAGUUAACUACUAUUCUUUUUUGAUUCUGGAUUAAUUUUGAAGUGAAUCUGAAGAUGUUUGG